CCGGCUUCGACGUUAGAAAAGGCCUGAGCACACACCGAACACUCCGUACUUCUCGGCCGGUCGGAUGAAGAACCUCAACCAUGGACGUGUCGCCCGGCACAUGAAGCUUUGACUUUGCAUUCGGACCACCCGACCCGGGCUGCACUCCACGUGACGAAACCGGCGCCGUACUUGAGAGCGGAGACGAAGCUCCCUUCCAUUCCUCGCCUUUGUAUCGGUAGCAGCCUCCCGCAUCUCACAUCACCCAGUCACGGCAAACCUCAACACUUCCAACUGUCGAUUCUUGCGUCCCUAGGUGCUCUUUUCUCGCUGCAUGCUGCCAAUCCGCCACACCACUCGUCUGCUUCUCCCACCGUCGUUGGCUCGCAUCUCUGCGAGGGGUAGCUUCUGGACCACCUGGCCCGCGCCGGCAGUCCCAUCCACGUACUUGGGGGUCACCUUGACCGCGAAGUGGGUUGCAUUGCCGCCGAUGCUCGAUGCGACUGUGUCAUAACCUCCGGAGUACCCUCCGGCCCACCACUACGUUCAACCCCGGGAACUUCAGCCAAAAUCAAUGAGGACAAGGUCGAAUUGUCUCGACCGACCUUGCAAACGUCAUCCAUUGUACGGAGUAGACCCCUCAACAAUUUAUUUAGGACUGGUCUACGGAGUAGUGGACGAUGGCCUGGGGCACUUUCGACGACGCUGUGGUCGCCGAGCUGCAUCUCGGCCAGAAGCCGCUCUUCGCUGGGGGUCCGACAAGGCUCGUCGUUCCGCAGUACACUGCACUGAGGUAUUUCCUUGCCAACCGUCCUCAAGCAAAUGACUGAACGCCACGAAUCUUUAGACCAAGACCAACAUAGUCAGCCUCUGCUUUGCUGCUCCUCUGCACAAAUCUGCGGUUGGCAUACGUUGCAGUUUCCGAUGUUCAUCCUCACCGGGUGGAUACAUCCACUCCAUGGGCCGAUGCUGGUACCCGACUCUCCCGUCCACCAGCUCGGCCCCUGGACUUGACCGAUGUGCAAGGUUGUCCUUGUUCCGCCGGGGACUAGAGCAACGGGACAUCUUCCGCAAUCACCGGAGCAUGCAUGCGCAGCCGCUUCAUAUACUAUUAUGGGAUGCUGAAAAGGACCCGAUAGCUAAGGUACCUUAGUUUUGAACCGACUCAACCAAAAAAGAAGUCCGCGCAGAAUUCACUAAUAGUGUACAAUCUGUAGGCCCCAUGUCCGCCUACCCGAAAACUCUCCCCGCCCGUUCGGACACGAUCGCAUGCUAGCGCAUUGCAACCAGUCUUGUUCAAUGCCGAGUGCUCAGCAGAUCUCAAGAAUCGGCAGAGAAAUGGAUCAUUAUGCUCUUCUUCCGGUCUUACGCAUUGUUUAGCGCCGCCCCGAUUAGUUCUGCGAUCCGUUGGAACUUUGUGGCCAUUGCAGUGCUCUAUUUAGCCUGCGAGGCAAUCUAAUUAGAUCUCGGUAAAAAAGAUUCCAGCAAAAAUUUCUUUAGUCCGGCAGUAAUCAUUCGUCAAUCCGCAAAUCGUCGCCGGACUAAUUAUGUGCAGCAUAGUCUGUAAGCGGCCAACACACCCUGUUCACGAAUCAUCACCGCUCUGGCUGCAGUUUGGAGAAUCGAUACUGUGGUACCCGACCAAAGUAUGGAUACAAUGUUGAGCAUCGAAACAUAGCACGAGACAGGCCAAUGGCUGGCAACCUCCGACGGAAAUGGGCGGUACGAAAUAGCGCUGGGUUUGGGGGCACGUCACGGCACAUAAUCUCACUUGGCUAGGUAUCGUCUGGCCUUGCCGGGGUGAAUCCACACACUUCCACGGGUCGAGUCUCUGGUCUGUCGAGCGACCAUCCACAAGCGAGGCUCCCGACUCACCGGUUGCCCAUUCGAGCUUAAACUCUCCACGGUCUCCUGCGUCCCACCAGAACUUGGUGUUCCUCGUCGUUAAUGCCUGCUCUGGAGCAGCAAAUUGCAACCGUGUUCACUGUUGGCAGGCCGAUUUUGUGCAUCUCACAAUCACCGAGGCCUGGUUCAGGGAUCCAACUUUUACACAUCCGCUCUGUGUGGCCAUCUCGCAACGCUCUUACUUCACUUCGCCUCACUCGACUGGUACGGCGGCCUGCAGAGGAACGUCAGACGCUGAUUUGAUACGAGACCGUUAGCGGAUGGUUCCCUGACCUCAUCAGCUGCAUCGACAGAGGCUGCCAUCAUUGGUGACGCCCGCGCAUGCAGAGCUUUGCUUUCGACAGGCGCUUUUACCUGUGAAAUGGCCGAAUUUGUUGACCGACAUAUUUUCUCGAGAUGAAUGUCAAAAGUUUGCUCUCAGCCGGGACACCAAUUCGCAGGGCCCGCACGCAAUGCACCCUUUUGACCUACUGCUGCUGGGGGGAUCGUCUUUUCGCGGCCAAGACGCCGUGCGGCCGUUGACUUUCUGCGACUGCGGGUAUGCUUGCAGUUUCGUAAUGGUAAUUAGUCUCCAACAUUGGCUGGUCGUGAGCGGAUUUUAUGGGAAUUUCGUCUUUCCAACAACAAUCCGCCUCUCGGGCAACACGCCAGGACCAGGGGCUGCGUGGUGGUUAAAGGCGGUCAAGGCCUUUUUGAGCAAACAUGGGGCUGCCCAAAGUGCGUUACUUGCUGCAUGCUUCACUUUCUGACAGCCGGCAGGUUCCUUUACCGGCGCUCCGAGGGACGGCCCAACAGUACGGCCAGACCUAGUCAGGCCAGACCGUGGUGGUGGUGUUGGUGGCGGUGGACGUACACCCGGUUACUGGGGCAGAGCGGCUACAUCAUCGUCAAGAGCUGAAGAUGUUAAUUUCACUCAAUCAUGUGCAAGCUACAGGCUGAAUCGACUGAUCGAUCGACUGACAGGUUUUUAAACGGACCAAUAAUCUUGUUAGAUGAAUCAACUGGGCUGUUGACGACCCAGAACGAGAACGAAGCUCUUCACACGAAAUGUUUUACUUGCGCCUCUCGUGGACCGAAUUCUUCGUCAUCUUUUGUCCCGUCCAUAAGCAAGUCGAGUGUGCCUAGCAUAUGUUCAUCAACUUUCUGGAAGCACUCUCACUCCCGGAAAAGCGGUGACGAUCUCUGGAUCGGGUUGGAUACGCAUUGCCAAAGGGAAAAACAACGAGGCUGUUCUUAGCCAACCUAGGCAUACACACGCAUCCCUAGACUUGCAGGCUGCUCGAGCGAUCUAACUAAACGAGGGUAAGCAGGCAAAGGGUGUCAGACUCUCGGGACCGUAGCGCAUGACAAUGGAACGUCGAGAAGCACAAAGGUCAUAUUGGCAAAAGAGGCGAUUAGGGAGCCAAAUCUGGGGGGGUUGCGGCCGCACGCGUGGUGGUUGGUUGCCUCGGCCUUUUGGUAACAUGGCGCACGUUGCUAGCCGGGCGAUGGAAAUAUGAUGACUCCCAGUCCUAGAUCACGUCGUCGCCCGCAUGGGAUCUUUCAUGGCGCUUCACGUAAGCACACGCAUCCGAAUCCACAUCUCUUGGCCAGACAGGAGACAGGACAGCCUUGGGCAUCCAUCCGCCUCCCGAGACCGACCGAUCACCAAUGUGUGAAGUUGUGGCGGCCUUUGCAAUCGUUGGCUAGCAAUCGUAACAACCUUCGCCGUGAGCAACAAUCCGAAGCAUCAGCAGAUCCAGCAUCAGAAGUGUCUCGACCCUUGAUUGGCCUAGCGUUUGGCCCUUCCAUGCAGACGAAGCAAACGGCACCUGUUGGUUACACAAAAAAAGGCGGAAGUGAAGGCCAGAAGCAGGAUCAGCAGCGCUCACAACAGUCGGUUCCAUGGUGUUCUUUCCACCACCCCUGUCGCCUUAUUCCCAUCAGACGGGCAGCCUGAAAUCCAUCCACUCGGCAGGGGCGGGAAGAUGCUCGGCUCCUCUUCUCGCGUGGCGUGGUCUCAAGAACCCCUGUCCUCUCAUGAGUACCCCUCAGACCGGUGAAAUACAAUUCAGCACGGGUGCAGCCCACUUCCUCAACUUUCCUCUCACCGAGUCUUCUCACUUCAGCCUCGACUCCUUCGAACUGACCGACCGACCGACCAGCACAGGAUACGCCAAUCGCCAGUACCAGAGUCUCUAUCGGCACGCUCUCUGGUUCUAGCCUGCCAGCGCGCGCAACGCUGUGCUCCACCGAAGGAGACAUCGCACAAAGCAAACAACGAGAACGACAGCGUCUCGAAUUUGCGCCGUACGGGCGAAACAUCCAGGCGACUAGGCUCAGGCCACGGCCAGCAGCAUCUGCGACAUCCGUCAAGGCCGAGGAGCAACGGCUGCAGAAACCGACUGAGAGAGACAGCGGCAGCAGGAGUACCCCCCUCAGAGAAAAAAAGAGUGAGGGAAAGGGAAAAAAAAAAGAGCAGAGCGGCAUACGCAUACCUCCAAGCACGCACACGCACGCAGCAGCAAGACUUGCCGUCUUUUCCUUUGGUUCAUCCCCCCCAGUUUCGGCCGAGUGUAUGCUGUCAAGCAGGCCUGUCUGUCUCUCUUCACAACGGCAUUCUAGCCUGACUCCCUACCUCCGUUUCCACUCCUCUGUAUCCUACGCCGAGCAGUUCUUCCUCCGCCUUUUGUUCCUGGCCGAGUCAUCAACCCUCCUUUCCUUUCCCCUACCAUACCCUCUUUCCUGUACUCCACUCGCGCACAAGGGGUGCCAUUAUGUGGCAAUGGCUCUCGUGAGACCGUAACUCCCUCCCCCACCCCCUCCCGGUGAGGCGCAAUUUUCUACGCUCCCCUUGUGCUUCGCUGUGCCUGCUCACUCCUACUGCUUGCUGCUUGUCUCUGCCGUAUACCUUAUACAGGUCACAGAUUGUGGUACUUGGUCUCGCUACUAGGCUCUGUCCAACACACCCUCUCUCGUUGCAUCAAUCAUGAAUCACAAUCAUCUCAGAAAGCGCCGGGUCCCCGGCCCCGAAGACGACUCUUCUAUAGUGCCGGGACAUCACAGCUCUUCGCCUUCUCCAUAUGCCAAUAUACACUUCUCUACCCUUCACCCCGAGACCCAAAUCCUGAUUAACCAAGUCGCGGACUUGUACAACAUUCCUGGUUUCCGACUUCACCAAAUCCUUUCCAACACCUCACAAAUAGAAAACGCUCACAAGAGACAACGGCUUGCAUCAGGCUACUCCAUGUCUUCUCAGUACGCAGGAGGCUCUCUUCCUGAGGACUAUGAAGAGAAGGCUCCUCACAUUGGGCAGCAUGCCCUUGCCAACGUCGAACUAAAUCGUUCUUCAGGGUUUCCAGGUCCUGUCGUCAAUGGACUGACACAGGGGAUGCAGACGCUGGCUUUGGCGUUCUGCCAAAACUGUUGGAGCACCUGUGCUGUUACCAACGAUGGUUAUCAGCCCCUUCCUGGGUCAGAGGUUGCUACUUAUGACUACGGAACCAACAGUAACAGGCCCUAUGAGGUUGAGAAACCCCCUUCAGCGCAAGUUUCUCAAUCAGACGUCUACGUCCCAACUCCAGUUGUGUCUAACACCCAGAAUUCAUUCCCGGCCGGAGGUAACAAUUUGCUGGACUCCUACGUGUCCAGCUAUCAACCUGUACAUGAGGACCCUAAUCAGACAUUGGUGUCCCAACACUCCGGGCCUGACACUGAUGUCUACGUGACUGAGGUAUCGGCACCGUCCUUCUAUUCCACAAUACCCAGUGGUCAUGUUGGUGGUGAACCCAGUUACUCGAACGCAAACACCCUUGAUCGUCGUCUGACUCCGAGGGAGACUCUGCCGCCUACAUACGGCGGCAAUAUGAUGGACAUGGUCAUAUCUCCAGCGUUACAUACCCCCACACCUGUGCCUGUUACGACUGCCAGAUUUGCUAUGGACUCAACAUACCCCAUGUCCUGUGUUAAGACUGAGGACAUGGACGGUUCUAUUGCCAACACUCACGCCAACGCUAGCCUUGAUGUUGUUUUCCCUAACCAGCGCCCACCAGCCGCAAAGCGUGGCCCUUUCAAGGACCAAAAGGCUCGGGAGGAGACAGCAGCAACAAGGAAGAACGGAUCCUGCAUUCGAUGCAAGAUGCAGCGAGUGAGAUGCAAGACUGACCCAGAUGAUCCGAAAGGGCCGUGUCUAGGCUGCAAGCCAAGAUCGAACAACAAUCAUCACAAGCAACUUAUCCGCCAGCCCUGUGUACGCCACAAAAUCACGGAAUGCCAUUUCUUCAAAAAGGGCCAAGCACCUGGUUUCGAAUGGACCCAGCGUUUCAACAACGGCAUUGUAGACAACAUCAAUAACUGGGCGUCGAAUGAAGUGAGGAUUGUACGCUUGUGGGAGGGCUACACACCCAGCAGUAUGUGGGUUCAGCUCUCUGUUCGAGAAUUCGUCCCACAACCGGGCGACAAGCUGGAACGGACUUGGGUUACCGAAGAAGGGGAAAAGAAGUCUGUGGCGAUUCCCACAUACGCCAUCACGAACCUGGACGACGCGCAGACGGCGUAUGAAGAUUAUAUCAAGAGAGGCGUCGUUGAAUGCUUUAACUCGGUCGUGGAGAGUGUGAUGGGUGUCAGGGAUCGACUACUCUUCGAGACCUACCUCAAAGCUUGGAAACUCUCGCAGGAUCCUUCAACGGCUCAAGAUGAGAAGGAGCUUCUGCUUCAGACGCUGGAACUGUGGAUGGCGGUCCGCUUGACGACGAAGUCAAUAGAAAUUGUUGGAGACGACACGCUCGGAAUGACUCGCGAUAUUCUGGAUAGCAGCAGCCCGCAGCACGGACGCAUCCCCCUUCCGCCGGUGAUGGGAGCUCAAUUGGAUUUGGUCCUCAUCCAGCAUAUACAGACGAGACUUCGACGAGAAAUGCUGGAAAAGCUCCAAAAGAUGACGCUGCAGAAUAAGCAGAAGACUUGGUUGACCACCUACCUGGUUACGUUUAUGUUGCUGCACAACAUCGCCCUUGUGACGGAUCACGAUGCUUCAUACGCCAGGAAGCAUGGUAUGAAGACAAAAUUCGCAAGGCAGACAGAUGUCCAGGAGUAUCAUAUGGGAGGAACGAUUCUCCUGGCGUACUUCCACUACUGCAACAAGGGAAUCUACCCAUUUUCCGAGGAUUGCAGAGACCAGGACUUGCGGACGCUGGCCCAGCUGGACGACGAUGCGGUGCAGUUUAUCCACUACACGCGCGCAAUGGCAAUGCAAAACAAACGCGAAUGGGAAGAGGUUCAACGAGCCAACCAGUACGAGCAGCCAUACUUCUUCGUCAGCCAGCUCUUCCAGCGAGACUGGCAGCCCCAAACGUGGGCAUAUUAAUCGAGGUGGGCAGGUGGAGAGAGGGAUGGAGGCUAGGAGAUGAGGGGGAGGGCGAUACUUUCCGUUUGGAUCUUCCAGGUUGUUUUUUACUGGGACAGGGGAGGGGUGCACACACUAAAGCGACGUGCAGAGGCGCAAAGCGGGAGGGCCCAAAAGACAAGUCAUUGGCUUUUAAAGGUUUGGCAUUGAAGGCGGUGUUCAUUUCAUGCUUUCAUCUUCUUCAAAUUUGUUUUUCUUUUCUAUCAUUCGCGAGCAGGCCGUUUGAUACUUACUUAUUCUUCUCGUUCGACCGGGACUCUUGAAUCGAAGAGGUCCACCUCGGUCUGUCUGUUCAUUCUACGGAGCGAUGGCGACGGCAAUGGAGGGAGAAUGCAUACCGGUGGCUCUUUCCCAUCUUUUUUCUUUCCUUUCAUCUCACUGGCUCUACUGUUACUCUCAAGGAGAGAUAUCAUGACAGGUUUGCGUGUGGGCAGGGGAAGAGAAGUGAGACGGGAAGGUCUCAACGAAGUUGACGACGAUGACGACGGGUGGCAAAACAUGAUCAUGAGCCGAGGCUUGUUGUUUCUGUUGUUGUCCAUAGUAACUUUGUGUGUUUGUACUCGUCGGAUGGUUCCGUUCAGCGCAUCGCCGUGCCGACAUUGUGCAUGUCCCAUGAUUGACUGUGGCGAAUGCCGGAUGUCCGUGUAUUUUGUGCCAUGUUACACCACGGCAUAUAGGUCGGAACCUCUAAGAGUUCGCGAUGGGGCGUCAGAGACAAAAGAUGGUUGAAGUCGAGGAAUGAAAGACCUGGAGCUUAUCGAGUUCAGGAUUUUGCCUUUGGAGACUACGAGGUUCCAUGUCGACCCCCACAUCUCGCCAAUGGUUCAACCAGGGGAUGCGCGCACAUGAUCUUUCACUGCGUUCUGAUAUGAAAAGCUCGAACACAUCGUUUCGGUCGAGAAUGGCUCGAGCUGUGCCGAUCCGCACCGUUGGACAGGGUCCUGCAGGUGUCCUUGCAGACGUGUGUCCGGUCGGAUGGUGUGGAGUUGGCGCAGUUCUAUUCGUAGAAAUCCUUCACCGGCCCAAUGCAGACUCCGCUUUUCAUCAGAUUUCAUAUGCAUCUCUGGUUCGCGGGCCGGUCCAGUGCUGUCAAAAAAGUUAAAAAAAAAAUCCAAGACAAGAUGAAAAAGACACAUCACAUCCAGAGAAUAUUUGUGUGUAUACGCGCGC